AUGUACUCCUACACCCCCACCUCCAAGUUCCUUGUCCUGGCCCCUACCGAGACGGCUCCUCUCUCUGCCUCGACACAGCGCCCUGGAUUCAGUCGUCUCCCCAGCGGCUUCCUCUACCUUGGUGUCGACACUCGCGACGCCGCUUCGCCCAGCAACUAA